UUAUAUUAAAAUACAAUUUUUUUUUCCAAAACGACAUAUAAUAAAAAACGGAGGGAGUAAUAAACAAACACUAACCCAUCCCUUUCUCAACCGCCCUUGCCGGUGGUUUCUUCUUUUCCGUUCAACGCACUUCAUCUCUUUCAAGAUCUGGAAACGUAGUUGAUGGCGGCAUUACCGGUGGAGCAAACAGGUGAAUCACCGACGAUGGAAUCGCAGAGAUCCAUUCCGACGCCGUUUCUGACCAAAACAUACCAACUCGUGGAUGAUCCUUCUGUUGAUGAUUUGAUUUCGUGGAACGAAGAUGGCACAAGCUUCAUAGUUUGGUUACCGGCUGAAUUCGCAAGAGAUUUGUUACCGAAGUAUUUCAAGCAUAACAACUUCUCCAGUUUCGUUCGUCAGCUUAAUACUUAUGGAUUUCGGAAAGUUGUGCCUGACCGUUGGGAAUUUGCGAACGACGGUUUCCGACGAGGCGAGAAGAAUCUACUCCGUGAUAUACAGCGGCGGAAAAUAUUGUCGGCGGCGGGGACGCCGGUUGUGACUACGACGGUAGCUGCGGCGACUAAUGUUGUAACGGUAGCUAUGGCGGCACCGGUGAGAAUGGUGUCUCCAACAACUUCUGGUGAUGAACAGGUUGUUUCAUCGAACUCAUCUCCGAUUGUGACGCACAAUAGUACUACAGUGCACCGCAGCACUACUUCGCCUGAAUUAUUUGAAGAGAAUGAAAGGCUUAAGAAAGAGAAUAUGCAACUGAAUAACGAGUUGGGUCAAUUGAAAAGUCUUUGUAAUAGUAUACUGUCUAUGAUGAGUAAUUAUGCUUCUGGUUUUAGUCGUCAGUUAGAGUCAUCUACUAGCGCCGCAACGGCACGGGCUGUGCUUGUAACAGAAGGAGGGAAAGCGUUGGAUCUGUUGCAUACAAGGAAUGUUUCGUUGGCUGAGGAGGCUGUGGCUGUUAAUGUGGGUGGUGCUGCGGGUGGCGCAUCGUGUGAGACAGCGAAUUUGGCUGGUGUUGGUGGUGGUGCAUCUUGUGAGACCACGAAUUUGGCUGAACCUGAACCUGAGAAUGAGCAUGGGGCUCAAGUUCCUAAACUGUUUGGGGUUUCUAUUGGGCUUAAACGAUGUAGGAGAGAGAGUGAGGCUGAACCGGAGAGAGAGGAACGGGAACAGCAUCAAACGCCAAUGCAAAUGCAGAUCCAAACACAAUCCUCUCGUGAACAUGAUCAGCAUCAAAUGCAAAUGCACAUGCAGAUUCAAACACAAUCCUCUCAUGAACAUGAUCAGCAUCAAACGCCAAUGCAAAUGCAGAUGCAAACACAAUCCUCUCAUGAACAUGAUCGAGGAUCAGAUGUGAAAUCUGAACCGCAUGAUGGUAACGAUGACUCGGAUGAUCAAGAGCAUUGUUGGGAUUUGAUGAAAUAGUGCAAAGGCAAUGUUUGGAAUUUGGACUCGGAAAAUGCUACGUUUCACACAUGUUUGAACAUGACGAACACGUUACAGUACAAUGGAUUAUUAAAGUAACGUGUCGCUACCAUUAACGUUUGUGCCAGUGCCAUUGGACAAGGACGUGGUUGGAAAUUGAAAUUCCAUGUUGUUUGUAUAUUUUGCUUGACUAGUUCUUGUUCCUAAUUUAGUUCCUUCUUAAGCAAAGAGUGAAAGCCAUGCAAAAGAAAGUUAAUAUUGUCGACAUCAAUGGUUAAAGAAAGAUUAUCAACACAUGCAAAUGGAUUUGCUAAAUCAACGGAAAGUUUGAUAAGUUUAUAGUAUUCACAAAGUUGUCUUUUUUAGACACGCUUGCGGAAUACAUAUUCAACAAUCAACACUGUUUGUGGUUGAUAAUAUGAAUUAUUUCCAAUUUGAUACAUUUACUAGGAUGCUUCCAACCUAUGGACCAAGUUUGUUCCUACAUUACAUAAUUUUAGUAUUAUUUUAUUAAGAUAACGUGGUCAUUUUGAUAUA